CCCCAGCCCGGCCGGGCCGCCCUGGGCUCCGCCGAGGGGUCGCGGGGUCCCUCCCUCCGCCCAGGGGUCGCGGGGUCCCCGGGCCGCCCGAGCCGCGGAGCCGCCGCUCCCCACCGGCGCCGGGACGAGGCCGAGACGUUCAGCCUUGGAGAGUUAAUGGGACAGAAGAAGAUUAAAAUGCCCCUUCACACCGCCUGUCCUGACAGCCUCCACCCCGAUGUGUGCCAGAGGCUUAAACAGCCUCACUGUCCCUUAGUCCUUUCAAAGCCUUUGAUCAUUGCACAACAUCUCCUACCUGGCUUUCCUCCAAAAGGUGCUGACCAGGCCGGGCCGUCGCCGCAGUUCCCGCUGAGCGGAGCCUCCAGGCCGGGCCGAGGCCUUUGCGGAGGAUGAGGAUCCUUCCCAGCCCGGGGAUGUCCUGGCUGCUCUCGCUGCUGCUGCUCUCCGUGCUGCUGCUGGACUGCCUCGCUGAAAGUCCCCCUGUGUUCAUUAAAAAGCCUGUGGACCAGAUUGGUGUGUCAGGAGGGGUGGCCUCCUUCGUGUGCCAAGCCACUGGAGACCCGAAGCCAAGGGUCACCUGGAACAAGAAAGGGAAGAAAGUGAACUCUCAGAGGUUCGAGACCAUUGAAUUUGAUGAAAGUGCAGGUGCUGUUCUGAGGAUCCAGCCCCUCCGGACCCCCCGGGACGAGAACAUUUACGAAUGUGUUGCUCAGAACCCCCAUGGGGAGGUCACUGUCCACGCCAAGCUCACUGUGCUGCGAGAGGACCAGCUGCCUCCUGGCUUCCCCAACAUCGACAUGGGGCCGCAGCUGAAGGUGGUGGAGCGCACGCGCACGGCCACCAUGCUCUGCGCGGCCAGCGGCAACCCCGACCCCGAGAUCACCUGGUUCAAGGAUUUCCUGCCCGUCGACCCCAGCGCCAGCAACGGCAGGAUCAAACAGCUGAGAUCAGGUGGGCUGCAGAUCGAGAGCAGCGAGGAGACGGACCAGGGCAAGUACGAGUGCGUGGCCAGCAACAGCGCCGGGGUGCGCUACUCGUCCCCAGCUAACCUUUACGUGAGAGUUCGCCGUGUGGCCCCUCGCUUCUCCAUCCUCCCUGUCAGCCACGAAAUCAUGCCCGGGGGCAACGUCAACAUCACCUGCGUGGCCGUGGGCUCGCCCAUGCCCUACGUGAAGUGGAUGCAGGGAGCAGAGGACCUGACCCCCGAGGACGACAUGCCCGUGGGCAGGAACGUGCUGGAGCUCACCGACGUCAAGGACUCUGCCAACUACACCUGCGUGGCCAUGUCCAGCCUGGGAGUCAUCGAGGCCGUGGCCCAGAUCACGGUGAAAUCACUUCCCAAGGCUCCUGGGACGCCAGUGGUGACAGAGACGACAGCAACGAGUAUCACCAUCACCUGGGACUCUGGCAAUCCAGACCCCGUGUCCUACUACGUCAUUGAGUACAAGUCCAAGAGCCAGGACGGGCCCUACCAGAUCAAGGAGGACAUCACCACCACGCGCUACAGCAUCGGGGGGCUGAGCCCCAACUCCGAGUACGAGAUCUGGGUCUCUGCCGUCAACAGCAUCGGGCAGGGGCCGCCCAGCGAGUCCGUGGUCACCCGCACCGGGGAGCAGGCCCCCGCCAGCGCGCCCCGCAACGUGCAGGGCCGCAUGCUGAGCAGCUCCACCAUGAUCAUCCAGUGGGAGGAGCCCGUGGAGCCCAACGGGCAGAUCCGCGGCUACCGCGUCUACUACACCAUGGAGCCCGAGCAGCCCGUCAGCAACUGGCAGAAGCACAACGUGGACGACAGCCUGCUGACCACCGUGGGCAGCCUGCUGGAGGACGAGACCUACACCGUCAGGGUGCUGGCCUUCACCUCCGUGGGGGACGGGCCCCUGUCCGACCCCAUCCAGGUUAAAACGCAGCAGGGAGUUCCCGGGCAGCCGAUGAACUUCCGAGCAGAGGCCAAGACCGAGACGAGCAUUGCACUGUCGUGGAGCCCGCCACGGCAGGAGAUCAUCGUCAAGUACGAGCUGCUCUACAGGGAAGGAGAGCACAGCAAGGAGGUGCUGAAGAACUUCGAGCCCACGACGUCGUUCACGGUGGAAGGCCUGAAGCCCAACACUGAGUACGUGUUCCGGCUGGCCGCCCGCUCGGCCCUGGGGCUCGGGGCCUUCACCCCGGAGCUGCGCGAGCGCACCUUGCAGUCCAAACCGUCUGCCCCCCCUCAAGAUGUAAAAUGUGUCAGCACCCGCUCCACCGCCAUUCUGGUAAGUUGGCGGCCGCCGCCGGCCGAGAGCCAGAACGGGGUCCUGGCCGGCUACAGCGUCCACUAUCGAGCGCUGGACUCGGAGGACACGGAGCCCAGGGAGGUGACUGGUAUCCCCCCAAGCACCAGCCAGAUCCUGCUGGAGUCCCUGGACAAGUGGACCGAGUACCGCGUCACCGUGGUGGCUCACACCGAGGUGGGGCCGGGCCCGGAGAGCUCGCCGGUCAUCGUGCGCACGGACGAGGAUGUGCCCAGCGCCCCCCCGCGGAAGGUGGAGGUGGAGGUGCUCAACUCCUCGGCCAUCCAGGUGUUCUGGCGCUCGCCGCUGCCGAGCCGGCAGCACGGCCAGAUCCGCGGCUACCAGGUGCACUACGUGCGCAUGGAGAACGGCGAGGCCAGGGGGCUGCCCCACAUCAAGGACAUCAUGCUGGCUGACGCCCAGUGGGAAACAGAUGACACUGCUGAAUACGAAAUGAUCAUUGCUGGGCUCCAGCCAGAGACUGCCUAUUCCAUCACCGUGGCUGCCUACACCAUGAAGGGAGAUGGAGCUCGCAGCAAACCCAAAGUGGUCACCACCAAGGGUGCAGUGCCAGGGAAGCCGGCCCUGUCGGUGCAGCAGACAGAGGAGAGCUCGCUGCUGGUGCAGUGGGAGCCGCCGGCGGGCGCCGAGGGGCAGGUGCUGGGCUACCGGCUGCAGUUCGGCCGCAAGGACGUGGAGCCCCUGGCCACGCUGGAGUUCCCGGCCCUGGAGCACAAAUACGUGGCUGGCAGCAUCCACAAGGGCGCCACGUACGUGUUCAAGCUGGCGGUGAAGAGCCGGGCUGGCUUUGGGGAGGAAGCCGUGCAGGAGCUCAGCACCCCCGAGGACGUGCCCAGGGGGUACCCCCAGAUCCUGGGGGCCAGCAACGUGACGGCCGCCUCGGUGCGGUUCGGCUGGCUGCCCCCCGUGCUGGCCGAGCGCAACGGCGCCAUCGUCAAGUACACCGUGGCCUACCGGGAGGCCGGGGCUGCCGGGAAGCUGCUGGAGAGAGAGCUGCCCCCCUCCCCAGAGAACUCCUACACCCUCAACGGCCUCAAGCCCAACACGGCCUAUGACGUUAAAAUCCGUGCUCACACCAGUAAAGGGCCCGGGCCCUACAGCCCGAGCGUCCAGUAUCGCACGUUCCAGCUGGACCAAGUUUUACCCAAAAACUUCAAGGUGAAGAUGGUGACAAAGACAUCUGUGCUUCUGAGCUGGGAGUUCCCUGAGAAUUACAACUCUCCUACCCCGUACAAGAUCCAGUACAACGGGCUGCACGUGGACGUGGACGGACGGACCACCAAGAAACUCAUCACGCACCUGAGGCCCCGCACCUUCUACAACUUCGUGCUGAUGAACCAGGGCAACAGCAUGGGGGGGCUGCAGCAGAACGUGGCAGCCUGGACUGCUGCUGACAUGUUGUCCAAGAAGCCAGAGGUGACCCACAAGCCUGAUGCUGAUGGCAAUGUGGUGGUGAUUCUGCCCGACGUGAAGAGCUCUGUGCCUGUCCAAGCUUUCUACAUUGUGGUGGUGCCUCUGAGGAAGUCCCGGGGAGGGCAGUUCCUCAACCCCCUGGGCAGCCCCGAGGAGAUGGACCUGGAGGAGCUGGUGCAGGAGGUGGCGCGGCUGCGGCGCCGGAGCCUGCGGCACUCGCGGCAGCUGGAGCUGCCCCGGCCCUACAUCGCCGCGCGCUUCCGCUCGCUGCCCUCGCACUUCGUGCUGGGCGACACCCGGCACUACGACAACUUCGAGAACAGGGCCCUGGAGCCGGGCCAGCGAUACGUGCUCUUCGUCCUGGCCGUGCUGCAGGAGCCCGAGGCUACCUAUGCUGCCAGUCCCUUCUCUGACCCCAUCCAGCUGGACAACCCUGACCCCCAGCCCAUCAUUGAUGGGGAGGAGGGGCUCAUCUGGGUCAUCGGGCCCGUGCUGGCCGUGGUCUUCAUCAUCUGCAUCGUCAUCGCCAUCCUGCUCUACAAAAACAAACCAGACAGCAAAAGGAAAGAUUCAGAGCCACGGACCAAGUGCCUGCUGAACAACGCUGAGAUCGCCCCCCACCACCCCAAGGACCCCGUGGAAAUGAGGAGAAUCAACUUCCAGACUCCAGAUUCUGGUCUGAGCAGCCCUCUCAGUGACCCUGAGUUUGACUUGGAAAGUAUGCUCAGCCACCCACCCAUCCCCGUUUCCGAGCUGGCUGAACACACAGAGCAUCUCAAAGCUAAUGAUAACCUGAAAUUAUCCCAAGAGUAUGAGUCCAUCGACCCUGGCCAGCAGUUCACCUGGGAGCACUCCAACCUGGAGGUGAACAAGCCCAAGAACCGCUACGCCAACGUCAUCGCCUACGACCACUCGCGGGUGAUCCUGCUGCCCAUCGAAGGAAUUGUGGGCAGUGAUUACAUCAACGCCAACUACAUCGACGGGUACCGGAAGCAGAACGCCUACAUCGCCACGCAGGGGCCCCUGCCCGAGACCUUCGGAGACUUCUGGAGGAUGGUGUGGGAGCAGCGCUCGGCCACCAUUGUCAUGAUGACUAAACUGGAGGAGAAAUCACGGAUCAAGUGUGACCAGUACUGGCCAGGCCGAGGUGCCGACACCUACGGGAUGAUCCAGGUGACGCUGCUGGACACCAUCGAGCUGGCCACGUUCUGUGUCAGAACCUUCUCCCUGCACAAGAACGGCUCCAGCGAGAAGCGCGAGGUGCGGCAGUUCCAGUUCACAGCCUGGCCCGACCACGGCGUGCCCGAGUACCCCACCCCCUUCCUGGCCUUCCUCAGGAGGGUGAAAACCUGCAACCCCCCAGAUGCUGGGCCCAUCGUGGUGCACUGCAGCGCGGGCGUGGGACGCACCGGCUGCUUCAUCGUGAUCGACGCCAUGCUGGAGCGGAUCAAGCACGAGAAGACCGUGGACAUCUACGGGCACGUCACCCUCAUGAGGUCCCAGCGCAACUACAUGGUGCAGACUGAGGACCAGUACAGCUUCAUCCACGAUGCCUUGCUGGAGGCCGUGGCCUGCGGCAACACCGAGGUGCCGGCUCGGAACCUCUACAGCUACAUCCAGAAACUGGCGCAGAUCGAGGCCCGGGAGCACGUCACGGGCAUGGAGCUGGAGUUCAAGCGCCUCGCCAACUCCAAGGCGCACACCUCGCGCUUCAUCAGCGCCAACCUGCCCUGCAACAAGUUCAAGAACCGCCUGGUGAACAUCAUGCCCUACGAGAGCACCCGCGUGUGCCUGCAGCCCAUCCGCGGCGUGGAGGGCUCCGACUACAUCAACGCCAGCUUCAUCGACGGCUACAGGAAGCAGAAGGCUUACAUUGCCACCCAGGGGCCACUGGCUGAGACCACCGAGGAUUUCUGGAGGAUGCUCUGGGAAAACAACUCCACCAUCGUGGUGAUGCUGACGAAGCUUCGAGAGAUGGGGAGGGAGAAGUGCCACCAGUACUGGCCCGCGGAGCGCUCGGCGCGGUACCAGUACUUCGUGGUGGAUCCCAUGGCUGAGUACAACAUGCCCCAGUACAUCCUGAGGGAGUUCAAGGUCACAGAUGCCAGGGAUGGUCAGUCACGAACUGUUCGUCAGUUCCAGUUCACUGACUGGCCAGAGCAAGGUGUGCCAAAAUCAGGAGAGGGUUUUAUCGACUUCAUUGGGCAGGUGCACAAGACCAAGGAGCAGUUUGGCCAGGAUGGCCCCAUCUCUGUCCACUGCAGUGCUGGCGUGGGCAGGACCGGGGUGUUCAUCACCCUGAGCAUCGUGCUGGAGCGGAUGCGCUACGAGGGCGUUGUAGAUAUUUUCCAGACAGUGAAGAUGCUGCGAACACAACGACCUGCAAUGGUGCAAACAGAGGAUGAAUACCAGUUCUGUUACCAGGCAGCUCUGGAGUAUCUGGGAAGUUUUGAUCACUAUGCAACAUAAAAAGCCAUCGUUGUGCAGACUCUACCAACCACUUCAGCCCUGGAAGGCCUCUCCUGACCCAGGAGGAGCUUGAACUUACAAAACUGACUCAGAAGAACCUUUUCAUCUGGACAGUGCAUCGGGAGCAGGGGGGAGGAUUGGAAGGAACACCCCUUGGGGAACUCCAAGUUGUAACCUGGCCCUGCAGGGCAGCUCAGGAGAGCUGCUCAGAGCUGCUCUGACCUGGGGAGGUGUUCGCUGGGAGGACAGACACUGAUCCCAGAGCUCCACCACACCUUGGGAACUGCUUCUGCUGGAGAAGGGAAGGAAAAACCGACCUUGGUUACAUCAUUAGAGUUCAGUUCAUUUACUAAUAUAGUUGGCAGUCUUUAAAGGAAGUCACUUGCAGAAUUGAAGGUGUUCUGUGAAAGAAAAGGAGAGAAAUCUCAACACUUGGGCAAACUUAGGGUCAGGAGUUCUUCUAGCUGGAGUCUAAAUAACCUCAGUAUCAGCAUUGGGAUGGUUCUGGGCUUGCAGGCACCUUGCAAACAGCAUUCAUGGGAUGCCCCUGCCACACCAGAGGUUUUAUAGCUCAUAUUUUGAAUACUUGGAACAUUCCUCAUUUCUUCUAAUUCCAAAAUUUAUUUUUUAGGAUAUUUAAAAGGAUAGAGAAAGAGUGAGAGUUAGAACCCCCCGAGCUGGCUGUGGGGGGCAGCCCUGCCCUGCUGGGUCUCUGUGCUGGCUCUGGGCCCUUCCCAGCACAUCUGGAGCAGCUGGGGAGAAGGGCAGCCCCUUGCCCGGGCUCUUUGCACACCCACACCCUGGGCAGCCGUGUCCCCUGCUCCUGCCAGCAGCAUCCCCUGCCAGGGCCCCCAGGAGCAGCUGCAGGAGCUGAUUUCACAAUCCAGCAGGUCCUGGAGCCAGGUCCUGGUGCCAGCCCUCCCCUCUGAACCCAGCAGCUCCAGGAGCUCUCUCAGGACUGGCCCAGCACCACAGCUCUCCUUGCACAUCUGCACAUCCCACUGCCCCCACCGUGCCCCAGCUGUAAAAGAACUGGGAAAGAUCCAGGAAGGUGCAUCCAAUGGCAAAUACUGUGAGUGGCUUUCUUUAAAGUAUUGAUGUAACUGUAACAAGUGACAUUACCUUUUUUUUAAAUAGUGUAUUUUUUCCUUUUUUUUUUUUUUUUAAAGACAAAGAAUAUCAGUCAAUGAAUUUAAAAGAAAAAUUUGCUUAUUUGUUCAUAUUAUGUUCAAAGACAGUCUAUUUUUUCACUGUAGAAAUGUUACGUGUAAUGGCUGUGAUAUAUAAAAAUGCAGUGCAAAUUGCUACUUCUACAUAUUGCUUUUCUACCAUUUAAAAGGUUUAACUUGCUCAUGUAAGAACAAAAUGUCCUUUCUGGAUUUUUUUUUUUUUUAUUAUUAUUGUUAAUUUUUUUUUGGUUCUCUUGUUUUCAGUCACAGACAUAUCCCAGGUCCUGGAAGGGUGGGGGAGCAGCAGGUGGGGUGGUGGCAGUGCCAAUUCCCUCCCCUCCAGCUGUGGCCAUGCAGGGCCAGGGCUGAGCUGGGAGAUCCAACACCACCAGUGGCUUUUGCUGGCUGGAGACAGAGCUGUGACUGUGGAGCCUUGACACCCAUCAGGUGUUUUACCACCCCAGGUGCCAGCCUGGCCUGGCUCUGUGCUGCUUGUGGCUCCAGGAGUUCUCCUGCAGCCCUGCACAGAGCACAGGAUACCUGAGAAAAGCCACCCUGCCCCAAACUCUGCUCACCUCUGCCCUCUCCUGGUUUUUUAUUUUUCUAGAAGGGGUAAUCAUGGCCAUCAAGUGCUGCCCAGAACCCCCCACACAACUCAUUUCCUGUCUUUAACUGAAAAAAAGAAAAAAAAAAAGAACCGACUGAAAGGCUUCUUCGAGAUUUUACUUAUUUGUGUGAAAGUUGCCCAAAUUUCUAAGUAUGUUGCAGCAAAAUCUUACUGGACAAGUUGGGGGGAGGGGGGAGGUUUUUUUCUUUGUAUGAGAGCAAAGUGCUGUUGCUUUCACACUGUUAUUUCAAACUGAAACAGUAAGUGGUUUUCAUACCACGGUGUAUGUAGAUAUAUUGACUUUGUAUUAAAGGAAGAUUGUCUGAA